AUGGAAAUAGAUAACGAAAAAAAUAAUGAACCAAGUGAUUCAGAAUAUGAUACUGCUGAAGAAGAACCAGAUAUUCAUUUCGAAAAAAUCAAGGAUCCAUACAUUAAUAGAAUAGCAGAAGCCAGAAAAUUUAAUGAAGGUGAGGUAUGUGAUUAUUAUGCAUUUGUACCAAAAGGAUACUAUGCUGAGGGCGAGCCAUUAGCUUUCUUUGAAUCAAUCAAAGAAAAAAUUGCAGAUAUUUAUAAAAAAGAGUUAGCUUUAAAAGGUGGAUUAAAAAUAAGAUUCGUGUUAUAUGCAUAUAUAAAGAAAAUUAAACUGGAAACUCCAGAACCUUUAUAUAAAACUUUUCCAUUCAAGCAUGAAACAAUAGAAAUUAUUAGAGAAGAUCAAAUUAAUGCAACAAUAGAAAAAGGAUAUAACAAAAUUAUAGAUCAAAUAGAAGACGAGGCAUUACAAAAAUCUGGAUGGUCAUUCGUCCGAGCAGAAGAGAUAUUUCUUGAAAUAAGCAUAUUCAGACCAUUGCAAGGUAGUAGUUAUUUACUUUUACCAGAAGCUUUAGAUAAGCCACAACUAGAAAUAAUUAAUCCACAAAAUAGGGACGAUAAUGAACGAAAUGCAAAUAUAGCAAAUUUUGAAGGUAUAAAAUUUCCAGCAACACUCCAUAAUAUAGAUAAAUUUGAAGAAAGCAAUCCUAAUUAUGCUAUCAAUAUAUUUAAACUAGUUUAUAGAGAAGCUUUCGGAAAAAUAAAAGUAGAUAUAGAUCUAUUACAUAUUUCAGAACAUAAUUAUCAAGUAGAGCAUAUGAUAGAUUUAUUAUAUUUAAUAGAAGGUGAAGAGAGUUUAAAUGAUCGAAAAAAUCAAAAUGAUAUACCAGAAGGCUUAAAAACACAUUAUGUAUAUAUAACAGAUUUCGAUCGAUUAGAUUUAUUACAGAAACAUAUUCUUACAUGUCCAGGUUCAAAUAAGGCUUCACAAUGUUUAAUUCUCCCAGAAAAGAUAGCAGUUUCAUAUGGAUAUACUAUUCAUUGUUUAGAUAAAACAAUGCAAAAACCAGUAAUUAAUCGAGAAUCAAAAAAUAUAAUAAAAGACUUAAUGGAAAACCUUCAAGAAGAUCUAGAAGUUAUUUUAGAUAAGCUUCGUGAAAUAGCUCCAUGUGAAAAAAUGAUACCUGAAUUAUGGCGAAAAUAUCAAACUGCAAACAAAUGUUGA